CAAACUUCCUUGACCACCACCAAAGCCUAGGACAUUACGGCCGUUGACGCCGCCGCCAACACCAUGGACAACAGCUUGGAGAGUGAGAUGGACGUGAUGUUCCAGGAAGUGGAAGGUACGUAUGAGGCAUCCUUUGACGACUCUUUGCUGAACGACGAUGUGGAUGAGUUCUCCAUGGAUUACACGUCCUUGUUGGUGUCACCGACGACGUCGUUGGACAGCGAAGCACGGCCAAUGAACGGGAAAGGAAAGGUUGGCGGAGGACAUCCCAAAGAUCCGUACGAGAAGAAGAAGGAGUACAAUCGCAUGCGCAACAAGAAGCUCCGGGAAGCGGAACGCCAGGAAGUGACGACGCUUCGAAAUCAAGCGAAUGAGUUGGAGCGAUUGAUCAAAGCACUGGCCAAGCGGCGGCGGGGCAACCUCCUCGAGAAUGGCGACGACAACGACGGGAAUGCGAUGGGCAUGUUGCCGUGGAAGGACGUGUCGAGUAUCUUCAAGGCCUUGACCGCGUCCAGCGAGACCGAGCGCCAGAACUUGACGCACAAAGUCGACACGUACUACAACGUCGCCGCCGUGAUGCACCAAUGGGUGCAUUCUUCACAUCACUUACCGGUCAUGCCAGACACGUUCAAGCAAACGUGGCGCAAUUCGACGCUUGUGGCCCACGAAAGCUCUCGGCUGCUUGGAUUUGACUGGAUUGCUAAACAGCUAUACCACAACAUCGACAUGAUGAUCCAGCACUGCGGCCUCCCGGCGUCCCUUGCCGAGUGCAGCGAUGUGAGGAUCUACCCACUUGAGAACCAGAACUCGUACCAUAUGUCCAAGGCGCGGCAACGCAUCGAAGAUGCCACGCUAGAGGAGGUGGUCCAGGUGCUACGACGCCAGUACUUUGAAGGCAAAGCCGAUACCAUGGACUCGCCCGACCCGAACGUCCGGUACUUUCGCAACAAGUCGUCGUACGGGUCAACCUCUCAAAACGCAUACUCCCAGAACAUCCUCAUGCGGCAAUUCGUCGAAGCGAAUCGGUAUGUUGUGUUUGCACACAGCAUCACCGAAGACGAAAAGUUCCCCGUCGACCGCAUCCAGCGCAACUGGACCAACUGGUACGACGACUAGUACUACUACUACUCUUCCAUGUCUAGUACUACUAGUACUACUACACAGGACAGUGGCAGAGCGCAUGGGCUCGUCCACGAUCAUCAAGCAGAUGGCCGUGGCAUCCGGCCUCCGCAUGAACGAAACGUUCCUUCCAUUCGACGUGGAUCCCGCCGCCGCCGCCACCGCCUCAUCCGUCGACAUGGACCACGCGUUCCUCACGUUCAAACACAAGACGGAAGUGUACCACAAAUACAUAUUUGCCAAAGAAGUCGUGACCUUCCGAAACCUCUUGGCCCAAGUUCGUGCCGACAACGCCAACCUGGCGGUGACUGCUUUUGAAGCGCUAGACCUGUAAUCUGUGGUUGUUGCGUGCUGUCUGUGGGCCUUUCAGGUGGCUGGCGGCUGGACAUAACCACGAUGGUGGUGGAUACUGCCGUCGUUUUUUAAUUUAAGUACUGUAUAUAUGUUCGCAUACUGAAA